ACACGUCCCGCGCUAGUUCAGGCUCUUUGUGAAGAGGAGGCAGCGAGAGUACCGGACACCGGGAGAGAAUUGAGAAUGGCGGACGAUAAGCCCAAGGAAGGAGUUAAGACUGAGAACAACGAUCACAUCAACCUAAAAGUGGCCGGCCAGGACGGCUCUGUGGUGCAGUUCAAGAUCAAGCGACAAACACCGCUUAGCAAACUGAUGAAGGCAUAUUGUGAGCGUCAGGGUUUGUCAAUGAGACAGAUUAGAUUCCGGUUUGAUGGGCAGCCAAUCAAUGAAACAGAUACGCCCGCACAGUUGGAGAUGGAGGACGAAGAUACAAUUGAUGUUUUCCAGCAGCAGACGGGUGGAUCCUUCUAAGACCUUAGUCUCUGCUGUUCCCCAGCCUCUCACCCGCUGCCUCCUGGGUCACACAUCCUGACUGCAUUCACCUCCAUCCCUCUUCCUCCUUUACUGUACUUAUAUAUUGGGUGGAUGUGUGUUUGUUAUUCUAGGGGUUACUUUUGUUCUCUCUUUUGACAGUUUCCAUUAUCAGUGAUAGUACUUUUUGGACCAAGACAAUAUUGAGAUGGUGGUUGCACAGUCUCUCCCACCUCCCUGCAGUUUCGAUAUGCUUUCUUGACUUUUAUUCCAGUAAAUUAUUUUUGUUUUCGCAUCUUGUUUUUUUCCACAUACCAUUUAACUGCCGAUACCGUGUCUAUUGUAGUUUCUCUUGGCGAUAGUCUUGAUUAUCAGCAGCUGGCUGUUAAUUGGUUAAUAUUAACUGAAGGGAGUUAACCUCAUCUCUCAAUUGGGAAAUUAUUUUUUUUUUCUUCUUCCCCUUCAUUUUUUUUUUUUUUUUUUCUUUAAAUUCAAAUGAAAACGAUUUUAUAACUUUUUGUAUGUAGCUGUUACAUGUAGCCGGGUGAAAUAAUAGGAAAGCUUUAAAAAGAAAAAAUACACAUUUUAGGUAGUUUUUCCCGUUCAAGUCUGACAUCUCGUUGUUUAAAUAAAUCUUGUUUAAAAUAAA